ACAUGCCCUUACUAUUCAGUAAUUGAUAAUCCUUUAAUUUCUAAAGCUUGAGAUUUGAGAAGCAAAAAUGGGUACCGUUGCAAGACUGCAGCUCCUCCAACUUCAACCACACCCAAAACUCCCAAAACCUUGCUUUCUCUCUCCCUCCAUCAAAUUCCCCUAUCUCUCAUCGGCGACCCGUUCGUGUAGAUUCUCUGUGUUUCCUUCUCUCUCCUCCAAUGCCGAUCAAAUCCAUGAGACUUCUUCCAACGCCGAAUCAAGUGGGUCCAUUGUUGGUGAUUUUCUGAACUAUCUCAACGAAUCUUGGACCCAAUUUCAUGCUACUGCUGAAGCAAAAAGACAACUGCUGGCUGCUGGCUUCCACCUGCUAAAUGAGAGUGAGGAGUGGGAGCUCAAGCCUGGUGGUCGAUACUUUUUCACAAGAAAUAUGUCUUCAUUGGUUGCUUUCUCUAUCGGUGAAAAGUACAAUGCUGGUAAUGGAUUUCACAUUAUUGCAGCCCAUACUGACAGUCCAUGUCUAAAACUAAAACCAAUAUCAGCAUCAUCAAAACCUGGAUAUUUAAUGCUGAAUGUACAGACCUAUGGUGGUGGUUUGUGGCACACUUGGUUUGAUAGAGACUUAAGUGUGGCUGGAAGAGUUAUAGUGAGGACUGAUGAUGGUUCCUUUGUUCAGAGACUUGUGAAAAUAAAAAGACCAUUGUUGCGAAUACCUACAUUAGCCAUUCAUCUUGACCGAACAGUGAACCAAGAUGGUUUCAAGCCUAACCUAGAAACAAAUCUUGUUCCAUUGCUGUCAACAAGAUGUAUUGAAGAGCUUUCGGAAUCUAAAGACAAAGGUCCUACAAAAUCUUUAAAGGCUUGGCAUCACCCGCAGCUUUUGGAGGUUCUGUCCAGAGAGCUGGAUUGCAGUAUUGAUGACAUAGUGACUCUUGAGCUUAAUGUUUGUGAUACUCAACUCAGCUGUUUGGGGGGAAUGAACAAUGAGUUCAUAUUUUCUGGCCGAUUAGAUAAUCUUGCCUCAAGUUUUUGUGCACUAAGAGCUCUUCUUGAUUCUUGCUCAUCUCCCGGAGAUUUAUCCAGUGAAGAUGCUGUACGGAUGGUUGCUUUAUUUGAUAAUGAAGAGGUGGGUUCUGACUCAAUCCAGGGUGCUGGUGCACCAACAAUAUUUCAAGCUAUGAGACGCAUAGUUAGCUGCUUGGCUUAUGAUAAUGUUGGUGAAGAGACUGUAGAAAGAGCAAUUCGGCAAUCGUUUUUAGUAUCAGCAGAUAUGGCUCAUGGAGUUCACCCAAAUUUCAUGGAUAAACAUGAAGAAAACCAUCGGCCACAAAUGCAAAAGGGCCUUGUAAUUAAACAUAAUGCAAAUCAACGCUAUGCUACUAGUGGUGUAACUGCAUUUCUUUUCAAAGAAGUUGCAAAAAUCCACAACCUACCCACUCAGGAAUUUGUGGUGAAAAAUGACAUGGGAUGUGGCUCCACUAUUGGGCCCAUACUUGCUGCGGGUGUUGGGAUCCGUACUGUUGACUGUGGCAUUUCGCAGCUUUCCAUGCACAGGUAUUAUCGGUUCGAUAGAUUUCAAAAACCUUAACGAUACGGGCGAUACGAUACGACGCGGCCUUUGUUUUGACACCAUGACCUAAAUACUAUAUAUAAACAUGACAUAUCAGGUAUGCAAGUAAUUAACAGGAUACUUUCAUAAAAAGGAAAUGUAUUGCUUAGUAAAGCACGGAGGAAUAUAGCCUUGAUUACGAGUUUAAUAUGAAAGAUAGUAAAUGAGUUAUUUCGGUUGUGUUUCGGUCAAGUUAUAUUUGGGUUAUGAGGAAAUUUGUUGGAUUCAGAUUAUUUUAGUUGGGCCAUGGUUGGAUGCGUUCCAAUCAGUUUAUUAUGCAAAAAUCAAUCAAUAUUAGUCAUGUUAUAUUUCGGCGUGGUUUGGUUUGGAUUGGGUUAUGUUUGGUUUGUCAAAUCGAGGUGUCUUGGUCCAAAUAUAGUUUAGGUCAUCUGGUAUUGGUACGGGUUAGA